AUUUGUUACAUGGAUACAUUGCAUAGUGGUGAAAUCUUGGAUUUUUGUGUAACCCUCACAUGAUUAGUGUACAUAGUAUCCAUUAGGAAUUUACUGACUGACAAUGGCAGAAAACAUCUUAGAGAAGUUAGAUGUCCUCAAUAAGCAAGCAAAGAUAAUCUUGGCCAGAAGAACAAAGAAAAACAGACUUCAGAGUGAAGGAAGAAAAAAGUCUUUGGUUAUACCCCUGACAUUUGAUUUUCAGUCGGAAUGUGAAGAGGCUAUUACUACAUCUGCAUCUAAGUCAGUGUCAAAGAUCUCAGAAGACAAAUCAUGUGGCAUUGAAUCAAAAAAGUAUGACUCUUUCAAAUGUGAGCCUGAACCUAUAAAGAGUGACAUCAAAAAGUCAAAUUUAAAAGCACACUUUGUUCAAAGAAAUAUAAAACAAGAAAGUAAGACAAUAGCUCAAAUUGAAAAGAAGACUAGGAAAUCAUUGGAUUCUGUUGACCAUUUAGAAGAUUAUAUAAAUAAAAGAGGAAAAUCUCCACAGGUGAAUGAUUUUAAUACGAAAGAAAAUAAAUCUAUCAGAAAUGAUCAAUUAAAUGAGUAUCAUUCAGUAAGAAAGAAAAGCUUGCUCCCUUUGUGCUUUGAGGAUGAGUUGAAAAAUCCAAAUGCCAAGAUAAUCAACAUCAGUCCAGCAAAGACAGUAACUUCUCAGAUGGAACAAAGUGACACAAAUCCCAUAAUUUUUCAUGACACAAAAUAUGUACAAAUGUUACUUUUGACAAGAAAUAGGUUUUCUCCCCAUCUUUUGGGAAAUGAAAACAUUUACCCACGUGAAAGAACAAAUGUUGCUCUAGAAAGAAAUUGUGAAAUCCUCAAAUCUUUAAUUGGUGAUCAAUCUGUUACUCCUUCCAAACCCAGAAAAACUACGCCUACAGCAAGGAGAAAGGGUGUACAAACCAUAUCUUUUGAAGUGGGCCGCAGAACUGUAGAUGAUGCACUAAGGAAGAAAACCAAUAAGCGAUCAUUAGAAAACAGAUCUUGCAAUACAUUCUAUAAUUUCUCGCAGAGUUUUUCCAGCCUAACAAAAAAAAUUGUGGAUUAUCUUGAUAAAACUGCUGUUCAAGAAAUGAGCACUAAAACUGGAAAAUUUGAAAGAAUGUUUUCUGCAGUAAAACCAAGGAACACACACAAAUUCAGUGCCUCACCUGUCAAAUAUUACCCAAAACCUUUUAAAAAUAUGCAUGAACUAAAUAAUGUAACACCACUGGAUGAUUUGUUAAACUUGCCAAGUGAAAAUUGAAUGCCUCACAAAAUAUCACUUAUACAGCAAUGUUUGGGUAACAAGAAGCAAAUAACCAAGUUCCAAGAUCAUAGAAGAAAUUAUUAUCCAAAUUGUAAUGUUCUAAUGGAUGGUAUCAGAAAGCAAGGCAUAGAAAUUGGAGUUACAAAUCAGCAGUGGUCUAUUCAAGAACAAUCAAUAUUUUUGGUAAAUAAUAGGACAAAAUUAGGAAAUAAUUUUCAACAAGAGGAACUAGUUCAUAACUUUGUAUUAUCUCAAUUUGUUGGUCAGUCAUCAGCAUUUCUACAGUAAAAUCUGAUUUGGGACCAAGAAUGUCAUAGACUGACUCUGGAAAUUUGGUAUUGGACAUCAAAUAACUUAAAUAACCUUGUUAUUUAACUGAAUAUCAAAUAAGACAAAUGUACCAUUAACUUAAUGAAUAUGAAAUUAAUCAUAUAUUGGCAAUUUAGGUAAUCAUGGAAUUAGCAAUUCAUGCAAUUAAAAGGCUUUA